CCUCAACGUAGGUUAGAGCGUGUCAACGCUAACAGGAAGUAGUUGUAUGAUUUGCAAAUGACAGAGAAAUUGACUAUUUUUUUCAAUCGCUGUCACGGAAAGAAACAGUUUUCCAUUGUAGUCCGGAGUGAGAUUUAGUUUAUAGCGUUAUAUAAUUUUGUGUAAAUCGGGUGUAGUGGUGGUGUGUAUUAUUCUCACUUUGAUUCCCUAACCUUUUGAAGCGGGAUGGCGGAAACGAACGCCAGAUAUCAGCAGUUGCCCAAUGAGGAGGACCCAGAAGAGAGUCCACAGGUGGCAGCCGAUGCUCCACCUCCGUACAGCAGCGUCACAGCAGACAGUUCUGCCUUCUUUGAUUACAAGGAAGACGGUGUUUUCCCCAAGCCUCCAUCAUACAACGUAGCAACUACGCUACCUUCCUAUGAUGAAGCAGAACGAACCAAAGCCGAGACUUCAGCUUCUCUGGUAACAGGAAGACCUCAGCACAGGGAACACCUGGAGACUUUUGAUGAUAUUAUUCGCAGUUCACUCGAGGAUGAGGACUUUGUGACCAGAGAUGAUUUUGAAGAUGCAGACCAGCUGAGGAUUGGGAAUGACGGCAUCUUCAUGCUCACGUUCUUCAUGGCAUUCUUGUUCAACUGGAUCGGCUUCUUCUUGUCUUUCUGUCUGACCACCUCGGCAGCUGGACGCUACGGGGCAGUUUCAGGCUUUGGACUGUCCCUCAUCAAAUGGAUCCUCAUUGUCAGGUUCUCUACGUACUUCCCGGGUUACUUUGAUGGACAGUACUGGCUGUGGUGGGUGUUCCUGGUGUUGGGCUUUUUGCUCUUUGUCCGAGGAUUCAUCAAUUAUGCCCGAAUUCGCAAUAUGGCCGACUCCUUAUCUACUUUACCCCGUACUCGAGUGCUCUUCAUCUUCUGAGCUCACGGACCACCAGUGUUUUUCAUUCUUUAUUUUGUGAUUGUAUGACAUGUUUUCAAUUUAAAAGGGAAACGAGGAUCUUAUUUUUACCCUCAUGUUGACACAGUAUUUGGACAAUAUGACACCUGUCGCCCCCUUUUAGUGUAAAAUCAGUGAAUGCUGAGAAAUCCGUGCAACUCUUGGGUUGUUAGUGGUGAAAUGUCAAGUGCUUGAAGUGUAAUGUUCAAAUGAAUGCCUUACUGUUUUAUUGUUUGUAGGUAGCAGCAGCAUGGACUGGUUUUUCUUUCAGCCACCAGGGGGCAGUCUUGUCUGUGCGUUUUUCUCAAAUAGGCUGUCUUGUACAGAUUGGUUGCCAGCCCAGAGCUCUUUGGGUGAUUCAGGGGUUAUGGAUUGAUUCAACACAGUGUGAGAUUAUGUAUUUCAGUUUAAUGUGCUUUUAACUUCUCUGGCCAAUGUGUUGCUUGUGAAAUAAAAAACAAUUCAGGUAAAACUACAGUGUUAAAAGGGAAAAGUAGGUUUUGUGUUGAUGGGCUGAAAGGACUAUUUGGAAGAAAAUAAUCAUCAAUUUUUGUUCACGUAUUCAUAAUAUGCCCAUACACUUGAUGCUAGUAAAUAUUUUCCCCCCAGUUACACACAUAUAUAUUAGCAAAGUACUAGCAACUGUUUUUAAAAUGGUCAAGAGUAGAUCGUGAGGAAGACCGAGGGCCAAGUUGAUAGUCUGGGUUUAGAUGAGCAUCCAGACAUUUCAAGUUCAAUAAAAAAUUUCAACACCCAAAA